UCCACGUGGACGUGCAGCGCGCAACCACAGGAUUCCUCCCGGAAGUGACGGAAAGGCGGCGAUGGCGGCUCGCAGUUUCAUUCCGGAUUUCUACUGGACUACAAACUGAUUUUAACCGGGCCGGUUAGACUUUCUGGAACUUUUGUAAAGCCGACUCUCUUCAGACGCCGGACAGAGUGAAGUCGCGUUGAACCGGUCCUCGGUCAACAAGCGAGUCCACAUCUUUUUGGGGGAUAUUUUUAUCCUAGUUUCAAGGUGGUCACCCUGUCGAGCUAGCGGUAGCUUGGUGGCUACAAGCUAACGUUAGCCGGCACCCAGCUAGCUCCCCAGCUAGCUUGUCAACGAGCUGCGUGCUAAGGUCCAUACAGCGGCAGCAACCGUCGUGCAACGGCUUUCCCCUUUUGACCACGUCCUCGUUUGUCUUUCACACGUACAAGGCGGGUGCUUUCUAUUUAAUGCUAAUCGUGCCACAAGUGUGCAGAGCGAGGUACUCACACGUUUGCUUGGCCUCUUGUUAAUUUGAAUCGCUAGUUUGGCGGCUGUGGCUAAAGACUGAAUCCGUCUACCACUAGCAAGCAAGUUGCCCCGGUAAUUGAGCCAACAACCAAGGGUAGAGGCUUGCUGUCAACGAAGAGUUGAAGUUGGGCUACUGUGGGGUCUUUGCGUGCUCGUCAACAUGCUGAAGACCCGGCAAUGUUUACUUGGCAUCCGCACUUUUCUCGGCGUAACGUCGAGAAUAUGGGGCUUCAUCAUGUACAUCCUCAGGAAGCACCUACGAACGAUAAUCCAGUAUCAGACGGUGCGAUACGACACUUUGCCGCUGUCGCCUAUCUCCAGAAACAGACUCAAUGCAGUAAAGAGGAAGAUUCUGGUUCUGGACCUGGACGAGACGCUGAUCCACUCCCACCACGACGGCGUCCUCCGACCCACAGUGAGGCCUGGCACGCCGCCAGACUUCAUCCUCAAAGUAGUCAUCGACAAGCAUCCAGUCAGGUUCUUCGUACACAAAAGGCCGCACGUCGACUUCUUUUUAGAAGUGGUGAGCCAGUGGUACGAACUGGUGGUUUUCACAGCCAGUAUGGAGAUCUAUGGCUCAGCAGUGGCCGAUAAGCUGGACAACAAUAGGAACAUCCUGAAACGCAGAUACUACAGACAGCAUUGUACAUUGGAUCUAGGUAGUUAUAUUAAAGACCUGUCCGUAGUACACGAUGACCUUUCCAGUAUUGUCAUCCUGGACAACUCGCCUGGUGCUUAUCGUAGUCAUCCAGACAAUGCAAUACCAAUCAAGUCCUGGUUCAGUGACCCUAGUGACACAGCACUUCUUAACUUGCUGCCUAUGCUGGAUGCACUAAGGUUCACUGCUGAUGUUCGCUCCGUCCUCUGCCGAAACCUCCACCAGCAUCGACUCUGGUGAUUGGCUGAAUCAAGAAUGGGGCGGGGCUUGUUGACCACCCCUCGUCCUCUGCCAGCUUCCAUCCUGCCCUCCGUUCCCGCACAGGCGACCCACCAGCCCUCUCUGAGCCUCUCGCUCGCGUCCUGCGGAGACGAGGGUUGGGGUGACCGCCUGACACGGGAUGGAAAGUACGGGGUCACCAGAGCCCACAAACUACUGAGGAGGGUGGGGGGGGCAGCUUGCGUCUUUUCUCUUCUUUUUUUUUUUUCUUGAUUCUUUAUUUGUAUUUUUUUUUUUUUUUUUUCAAAACAAAACGGAGCCUCUCUGCCUUAUUGCUCCUGAUACUGACUGUGUGCAUCCGGAGGCAAGCUUGUGUACGAGAGUCGGGAGUAUUCUUGCCCAGUAUGUCAGUGCUUUUUAAACUUUUUUGAAAAUCUUGACGUGGAGAGGAAGAUCAGCAAAGCAACGAAGACAAUUCUACAUUUCUCCUUCUUCUCCAUCAUCCUCAGACAUUGCACUUAAGCAGACGAUUGAUCAAUUUACUGUCUUAACCUCUCAGUGCGACUGAGCAGGGGAAAAUAGAAAGCCGCCCCUUUUUAGAUCAACCUCACGCCCUCAACGGUAAUUGACUCCCAAGGGUUAUUCCCCCUCAACAAGGAUGGGUCAACUUUAAUGUAACCGAUGGACUUUUGCUUGCAACAUACCCUCCACGGGCAUUUUUCUGGACAAAUAGCCGAGCAGCCGGAGAUCUUUUUUUUUUUUUUUUUCAGCCAUAACCAUCCCUCUUUCCACAAAGCCCCAGGUGGAACUCUGUGAAAAGGAUUUGACUGAAACGUGAGAAAAAAAAAAUAAUCAGCUGGUAACGAGUGGACUGCCGCCUUUCCAUAUCUGAUUGUUUCUCUAUGAUAUGUGACGAUAUGGCUUCUUCAAACCACAACUUUUUGCCCUCCUUCACCUUUACCAUCUGACGCCUUCCUGAUUUCAGCAAAUAGGAAUUGCACCCCCCUCCCCCAUCUAUAUAGAUCUUUUUUUGUUGCAGUUGGUUUUGUAUUUGAUUCAAAUUUGCAGCCUUUCGCUUUCAGUUGUCACCCCGCUCCGCUUACUGUAUGGGUGCAACUAUUGGACUCUCUAAAUGCCUUCUGAACAAUGUCUUGUUGUCAAGGCUCACACCGGCUUCCCAGUGGCUCUGUCUCCAGGUCUGUGUUACUAAUAAAACACUUGUCAGUAUCGGACCGUUAUCUAGCUAGUUUUUUUUUUUCUUUCCAAA